AGGUACAGAUAUCAUGUGGAGCCAAAGAUGUCUAUCAAGAGGAGUCACUCCCUGUUUCAAGUACCUGACGCUAAUGAAACCCGGAAAAACGUUCACUCUUGUGAAGUGUUACUACAUACUAUGAGACAUCAUGAGAGUGGAAGGUGCGGAAUAAAACUGCAGAGGCACUCAGGAUUCUUACCAAGACAAAAAAAUAAUCAGGGACUAGCUGUGAUGAUGGAGAAAGCUGCACUGCUGCUUUGCUGCCUGAUCAUGACUUUGUCAGGCUCCCCACUCUACCCAUCCAUUAGGUUCGGCCAGAGGGAUACAUCUAUCCUGAUGACAUCUUCACUAAAGAAUCCAGCAGAGCAGCAGGAGGAAGACGCACGUCCUCCCAGGGAGCCAGCAGAGUUGCGCUUAGAGCGCCACGCUGAUGCCAUCUUUACAAACAGCUACAGGAAAGUCCUGGGCCAAAUCUCUGCCAGAAAGUUCCUUCAGACAAUCAUGGGCAAACGGCUGGGGGAUGGAAGUGAGAGCUACAUGAAACGUCAGUCAGAUAUCUAUGAGGGGACAUACAAGGAAGACCUCACAGCCAUCCAGAGAAAUCAGAGACACAGGGGGGUGCACGGGAAUGUCCUGAGACCCAGACUUCUGAGUUGAGGAGGAAAGCUAUAUCAUCACAUUUUUUUAAACAUCUUUUAUUUGUUUGAGGGUGUCCUUUAAAGACAAGAAAUUAAAUCGUCUUAUAUAUUCACAUUAAAAGUUGUGAGGAAAUCCUA